AUGGAGGCGAGGUCGGCCAUGAGCUGGUACUGCGGCUCCCUCCUGGCCGUUGUCAUCGCGCUGUUCCUCUCCGUGUCCCUAGGCGUUCGCGCCGCGGGCGUCGGCGUCAGUGGCGGCGUGGACCUCAAGGCGUCGUGCGCCGCGACGCCGCACCCGGACGUGUGCCUGCGCGCGCUCCAGGCCGACCACAGCAUCAAGGCCUCGGCGGCCACCCCGCGGGACCUUGCGGAGGCGGCACUCCGCGCGGCGUCGACCGCUGGCGGCGCGGUGGGCGACUACGCGCGGCACGAGUUGAACGUGGUCAAGGACAACCUCAUGUGGCAGUGCCUGAACGAGUGCGCCGAGGACAUCGAGGAGGCGCUGGACCACCUGGACGACACCGAGGGCGGCCUCGACGACGGCAAGCUCCGCGACGUGAAGCAGUUCCUGGACACGGCGGAGGAGGACACGUGGUCCUGCGACGAGUCCUGCAAGCACGCCCCAAACACGCCCAUCAAGGCCGCGCUGCUAGCCAAGAACAGGGACUUCGAGGCGGUCAUGCGCGUCGCGAACGCGCUCAUCAAGCGCGCCACCGGCGCCGGCGACGCGCCGGCGCCGGCGCUGCCCGCGCCAAGAUUCAUCAAUUGA